CAGCUGUGGCCAGAGGGAGGAGAUUCCAUGACCCCCACCCUCAUGGCCCUCCUCUGCCUUGGGACCCUCCCCAAACCCACCAUCUGGGCUGAGCCAGGCUCUGUGGUCCCCUGGGGGGAGCCGGUGACCAUCUGGUGUCAGGGGACCCUGGAGGCCCAGGAGUAUCAUCUGGAUAAAAAUGGAAGACCAUCACCCUGGAGCAGACAGAACCCACGGGAGCCUUGGAAUAAGGCAAAUUUCUCCAUCCCACACAUGACAGAUCUAUAUGUAGGACAAUAUCACUGUUACUAUCACAGCCUCACAGAACGGUCAGACAGAAGUGACCCCCUGGAGCUGGUGGUGACAGGAGUCUACAGCAAACCCUACCUCUCAGCCCUGCUGAGCCCUGUGGUGACCUCAGGAGGGAACGUGACCCUCCAGUGUAGCUCACAGUCUGGAUUUGACAGGUUCAUUCUGAUUAAGGAAGGAGAACACAAGCCCUCCUGGACCGUGGACUCACAGCAACUCCCCAGUGGGCAUUUCCAGGCCCUGUUCCCUGUGGCUCCUGUGACCCCCAGACGCAGGUGGAUGUUCAGAUGCUAUGGCUCUUACGGGAACUACCCCCACGUGUGGUCACAUCCCAGUGACCCGCUGGAGCUCCUGGUCUCAGGACUUGCUUGGCUCCCCAGCCCCCCACCCACAGGUCUCGUCUCAACAACUGAAGCAGCUGACACCAUCAGCCCAUCACAAAACAAGUCAGAUUCCAAGAAUGCCUCACAUCCCCAAGAUUACACAGUGGAGAAUCUCAUCCGGAUGAGCGUGGCUGCCCUGAUCCUGCUGCUCCUGGGGAUUCUGCUAUUUCAGGCUCGACAUAGCCUGAGAAGACCCCAGGAUGCAGCGAGGAGGUAAACACAAGAGAGAACAAUGUGCUAUUCAGAGAGGUAGUCUUGGGAAUAAAUCUUGUGCACCCAGGAGGUUCUGGAAGAGCAUCUGAGGCAUAAGCUGUGUGAACUGUCUGUAGGUCAUUGCAAGAUGGAGGAAUCAUUGUUCAUCUGCAGGGACACUUUCUGGACUCUUCUGCCGUUAAAGUGUGGAAGUUUCCUUCCAUCCACUAUUGAGUUAUCUUGACGAGUUCCUUUCUCCCUCUCUGUGAAAUUAGCAUAUAUCCCUCGUGGCAGAUUUGGGUCCACAACUCCUUACACUUUCAUGCUCCUGUACAUUUAUUUUCAUAUAAAUCAUUUUUCUAAAUAUCUAAUUACCACAAAACCUUGGUGUGUAUUAAGGAGUUUCCAUCUGUUCAUUCAGAGCAUGCAAUCUAUCUUAAUUUUUCAAUAAAUUGGCAUAACACAGAUCCAGCCUGAAAGAGAUAUGUCCAAAUGAUGCCCUAACACCCUCUCUGGACACCACAAGCCCUUCACUUUUCAUCGGGCGCUACCUGUGUAGUUUCUUCAGAAAUAUCGUCACUUGGAAUCAAGACAUUAUUGCCUGAAGUGAUAGCACGGUUCUUACUGCCCCUGAAAAACUCAGUGUUAUAAAGACUUAUUCAAGGCAUUUUGCAGUUUCUCUGGUAUAUAUAAUCCUUUCAUGACCAACUUUAAGGGAUGAAUUUGAAGUCCUUGAUGCAGAGUUGGAAACUGAUGCAGAGAAGUGACUAUCACAAAACAGUCCACACCAAUAGGACAACUUAAAUUCCACUCUGACAGCCCCGAAAUGCACCUAAGUUUCCUUGUAUUUUAUGUAUAAUGAUCAUUCCUACCACAAUGUUGUGGCACAGUUUCAGUGAAAUCACAAAACCAAUAUUCCAGCACAUUCAGGUGAGAUGCAAAGAGAAAAAUGGUAAUAUCAGUUGUGGGAGAGAAUAGUGAGCACACAGAAUUCUCAUUCAUUACUUGUAGGAGUGCAAAGUACAUCCAUCAGUUUAGAGAAUAGAUUGUUAUACUUAUCUAGUUAAAGUAAGAGACACACAGCUAUGAUCUUUAAGCAUAUACCUUAGAGAAAAUGUGUACAUAUGCACCAGGAUCCAUUGACAAGAGAGUUCUUCAUAUUAGUCAAAAUCAUUUUAAGACUACAUGCAUCAAGAAAAGACAGAAUUUGGUGUUCUAUGUAGAAAAUCAAACAUUAUGUGUCAGUGAAAAUGCACAAACUAAAAUUCCAAAUGGUCGUGUGUAUCCAUCUUCAAACAUGAUAGUCAAUAAAUGUAAGAUGAUUAUAAAAAAUAUGUGUUUAGUGUUCUUUCAUUUACCUCAUGAUGAAAAUGAAACAUUAUGUAUUAUUUUAGGAGUGUAUACCUAAGAUAAAUUCUACGAAUAAAGGAGAGAAAAGAAUUCCAUCAAACCCAUGAUGGUGAUUACAAAUUAGAUGAGGUUAGAUGGUUUUGUUCAAGAUGGAAA